CCACUGUGUGAUGUCAUAUUCCCAGACUGCCAAGGACUUUACACGUUGGCAGCUCGUUCGGUCAAGUAUGUAAGUCUUUAUCGACAGAUGAAAAGUAUGUGUUUUCACCAGAAAAAUAGCUGAAAUCAUCUGUGUAUUUUGAUUCUAGUGUCAUGUGAGGCGCAUGCUGGCUGUGGAAACCGGGACGGUUUAUUCACCGUAUACUUCGGAAUGCAGCGAACUGCAGUCGUGCGCUUAUGAUAUUUCACGCAGAGGUGACGGAAGUAGCUUACAUUCGAGCAUCUUACAAGAGGAUAUCACUGUUAUUUCAUCCUUUUUUUGAGAACCGGUGGACCAAUCAUGUCUUCAAGAGAAAGACAAAAAGGAAAUAUGACAAAAGACAGCGUCAGCUUGCUACCCUGCUUUUAUUUCGUUGAGCUCCCUAUCCUGGUGUCGUCGGUGGUGAGUCUGUACUUCCUGGAACUGACAGACUUGUUCAAGCCGGCCCGCUUGGGGUACAGCUGCCAUGACCGCAGUCUCAGCCUGCCCUACAUAGAGCCCAACCAGGAGGUUAUUCCCUUGCUAAUGCUGCUCAGCCUGGUCCUCGCUGGGCCCACCGUCACGAUUAUGAUUGGAGAGGGGAUCCUGUACUGUGGUUUGUCCAGAAAAAGGAAAGGCUUUGGGGCAGAGGCUGACAUCAACGCAGCAGGAUGUAACUUCAAUUCUUUCAUACGCAGAGCUGUCAGGUUUAUUGGGGUCCAUGUGUUUGGUCUGUGCGCCACGGCUCUCAUCACGGACAUCCUCCAGCUAGCGACGGGCUACCACACUCCUUAUUUCUUGACAGUGUGUAAGCCCAACUACACCACGCUCAACACACCGUGUGAUGACAACAGCUACAUCUUGCAGAAUAUCUGUACCGGGGCUGAGACCGCAGCCAUCAACCAGGGCAGAAAAUCCUUCCCAUCUCAGCAUGCCACACUGGCAUCGUUUGCCGCUGUCUACAUCUCUAUGUAUUUCAACAGCACACUCACGGACUCCUCUAAACUGCUGAAACCACUGCUGGUCUUCUCCUUCAUCAUCUGUGCAAUCAUCUGUGGAAUGACCCGGAUCAUCCAGUAUAAGAACCACCCCAUCGACGUCUACCUGGGCUUUCUGCUGGGCGGGGGAGUAGCUGUCUACUUAGGUCUUUAUGCAGUGGGGAACUUCCAGCCCAGUGAAAAGAAGUGCAGGUGCGCUCCACCCCAGCCCUGCGCUCCCUGUCCUCUACCCCACAUCAGCCAGGAAGCGGUGCGCCACCUACAGUUGAAGAGUACAGACGGCCUCUCCACCUCCCACUCCGAGAGCCUCCUCCACCGUAACCCCCAGCACAGAGACCCUUCUUCUGGAUCCCUCACCAACCUAAAGAGGUCCAGCGCUGAAGUGGUCAUCACCUCGCCCCAAAGUCCCAUGGGAAAAGACAGCAUGGUAACAUUCAGCCACACCCUCCCACGUGUUCACACCCCCGCGAUGGAUGAUGCCAUUCGCCGGAACGCCACCAUCCACCAUGGUCACCAUGCCACCAUGGACUCCUCCCGUUCCAAACAGCUACUAUCCCAGUGGAAGAGCAAGAACCAAGAAAACCGCAAAUACUCCCUGCAGGGGACGGAUGGUGAAGCAGCCCUGUUCCAGUCACCCCAUCAUCCCGGUAGCAUGGGUUCUGAGCCCUCGGCAAUAGGGAUCAACGGAGUGGACCUGCCAACACAGUAUGUGAAGCUCGCCACCGGGGCUAGCACCACGCUACCGAGAGACUGCAGCGGCAUCACAGGAGGGACCAGGGUCUCUAUGCAGUCGCGGCCCGGCUCCUCGCAACUCGUCCAUAUUCCAGAGGAGACGCACGAGAACUUCAACAACCCCUCACCCAUGAUGGUCGGAGGAGACGGCGGCGGCAGCGCUUUAUGUAACAGCCAGGUUCACGCUAACUGGGCGAAGUCGGCCGAGAAAGCCGCCGUCCCGUGUAGGACUAACGACGGCAACCAGCAGCCUCGAAUCAUGCAGGUCAUCGCUAUGUCGAAACAGCAGGGCCUGCUCCAGGGCCACUCCAAGAGCUUGGACGAGGGCAACGCGGACGGCUACUCCGGAGGGUCGCUUCGCUACAGAGCCCUGAAUGAACCAGAGCCCAUGGGCAUGACGUGCGGCACGUUGGGCAGCUCCAAGGGCAGUAUCUCCGGCAGCACCGGGGCCAUCGUAAGGGUGGACGCACACCCUGAGAGUAACAACAACCGACCCACGUUUCUCGCCCAUUCGACGGAUAACAGCGGUGAUGGUUCCUGGAAAACUUGGAGGUCCCAGGACCAGUAUGUGGGUGGUGAUAUGGGCGGGUGUAGGCGGGGCCAAUCCUUUGAGAUAAACGACAUGAACAGAGAUUCAGAGAGCUGCGAGUCCCUGUCCACGAGGGACAGCUACAUGGGCUCCAUAGACAGGAGGAGACAGACGAAUCCCAUCGCCGCUACCAAUGCGCAGAACGCACGGGGAGAGGGAGGAGAGCACUACCUCCACCAACAGCAGGGCCAGACCACCAUCCGAGUGACCCCAGGUGAGGGGAGUGAGGUCCCCUCGGAGCCACCUUCUGUGGCCUCCAGCCGUGACUCCACGCUCCGGAGAAAAGGAAAUAUAAUCCUUAUCCCAGAGCGCGGGAACAGCCCAGACAACACCAGGAACGUUUUCUAUAAGGGUACUUCCUCGACAACGGGUCUGUAGAUUGCGGACCCUUGUAUGUGUACCAAAUGGCACCUUAUCCCCUAUAAAGUACACUUCUUUUGACAAGGGCCCAAAGGGAUGGAUCUUCACUGGAUUUUCAAGAAAACAAAAUAAUGUCAAUGAAAGGGAUUUUUGCACUUGGUGAUGUUGACGAAUAGCUUCACCUUGCAUCUGAGAUAUGAGCCAAACAAUUGCCAAACAUUAAAUCAAGAUAAUCUUACAUUUUAUUACUCAAAAAGCAGGCUUUAUUCAGCAUGAUAUUUCUUAUUGUUCACACAAAAGCACAACCUUUUUAUUAGCACAAUCACGUGUGUUCACUGUUUUAGGAGCAUUACCAAAGUAGAUAUUUUUUAAAGAGUGUUAUCAAAGAUAAUGUCCUGUCCCCCCAGUUACAUACAACCUCCAUGUCUCAAUCAAAUGACACUUUGCAACGCUGUGUGCCAUAACUGGGGAAACGAAACAUGCUUUUCGGCAUUGUAAAUAGAUUUGAAGUGGUGCUAAAACAUCCACACAAUUUGUUGAGAUGAAAUACUGUGCUUAGAAUAUAAAUAGAUAGAAAAUUAGGAACCCAAUGUGGUUAAGAAUUUGAUAUCUGAAAGAAGAAAAAACGACUUUGCUGUUAUUUGCUGUACAGAUACUAUGUACUCUAGAGAAAACUGUGUUGAUGACCAUAAGUGCUUAGCAUUCCUACUCUACUGUAGCUAAAUUCAAUAUGCUGUGAAUUGCACAAACAAAUGGUUCUUAAACUUUAAUUUAAAGACCAGAUGGUGUUUGUCCUACCACAAUAAAAAAAUAUUUAUUUGCGUCCCAAAUGCUAGCGUAUUUCUGAUAUUCUGUAGUGCACACCUUUAGACCAGGGCUUCAAGGGCUCUGGAUGAAGGGAGUACAAUGUGCUAGGGUAUUAGGGUUUUGCUUGGGAUGCAAGAUUAGUGUGUUAACUGUUUUGCAGACAACAUUGAGUAUUGUCUGGUUUAAACAAAAUGCACUUUCAACUUUUUUCGCACUUCUUUGAAAAAGUCAUAGUUGCUUUUUUUUUUUUUUUUACCUCCAUCUAAGUAUCAUUUCAGUAGUAGGAUCUCCUCUGGUGUCAUGACUGAAACUGUUUCUGUAAAGCACUGUGCCUCACUUUUGACAUACAGUAAAUUACACAGAGGGAAGCAGUAUUUGGUUUAUUUAUUAUAGUUGGGUAGACAUGUUGAAGAAAAAGUGGUGAUACUAGUACUUGUUAUCCAUCAACAACAAGGCUUUUUCCAGGCUUUUUCUUCUGCUUUCCACUGUUCUUUCUUGGGAUACAGUUCCCUUUAACAUUUAAAAAUGUUUUCCAUUAGAUGACCUUAAUUCUGUAUAAUACAUUAAUUAUUAAAAACUGCAUAUCACUAAUAUUUCAUUGAAAUUUUAUUCAAGCUAAUGUAGAGCUGGUUUUCCAAACAUAAAAUAAACCUAGUCUAAGAAAAAAAAAGAAAAAGGUCAAUGGAAACAUUAGCUUGAAUAAAAUCUCAAUAAAAUCUUAUUAUGUCUGUGAAAUUGGCUCAUAAGGUUUUAACCCAAUGUUAUGGGAUUGUGAUCUGUGAAUAAUUUUUGGACUACAUAAUUUUCCUUUAAUAAUGACCUAUAUGUGCCAAAUACUAUCUUUACUGAACCAUAUCUAUACGUCAAGCCUAAUCUAUAUUAUUCAUUUAAGCUCUGUAGCCCUAUGCAUGGUCAUUUUGAUAUAAAACACAUUGUUUUAAUAGUAAAUUAUGCCUUUAUCAUGUUGUUUGUAGAAGAAAAAAAUAUAUGUUUGAUUGACAGUUAUUAUAGCAAGAUAUACAGUAUGUAUAGUAUAUGAUCAUAUCAGAUCCCUAUUUUUCAGGUUCUUUUGAAGUUGCUAGGAUGUAACUUAAAAUGAGAACUGGUUCUCAAUCAAUGUAUGAAAUUGUAGGCAUUAAGUGUUAUGUAUAUAUGUAUAAUUUCACUGUGGUCAAGAAGAUAUUUAGGUGAGAUUGGUGCAAUUUCAAAAAGAUUAAUUUCUGCAUGCUUAAUUGGUUGUCCUUCAUUGGUUUAUCUCCACAAAUCCUUCUGAACAUUUGGUGCACCUAUAUCAGAGUAGAUGCCAAUUGUGUGUUGUCUCAAUAUUGGAAUAAAGGUUUCCUAUUUAUAGAACAUAAAGAAUCCCAUGUCCUCUGUUUUGAAGUGGAAUAUUUUGAUGCUCCUGCAGUUAAUUUUCAAUAACAUCUCAUGUGAUGUUUAUCACUGCUUCAGUGCUUUUCUUUGCCAAUGUUGUCUCUUGGUACUUUCAUUGUAGGAUACAGAGUUUCUACAGUUAAAUGUGUGAUAUUGUAGAUGGUAGCUAUUGCUGAUAAAACUCUGGGUGCCUGACUAUCCAAAGCAACUGGUGUUGGUGACAUUUAAUCACUGCAUUAACUGUUAUCAAAGACCAGCUUUGUGCCUCCUUCUAACUGAAGUUUUCCCUUUCUUAGGAUAAGCCACUUCCAAUAAUAGACAGAUAUUGGUUGUGUCCCAAAUAGCAAACUAUUCCCUAUGGACCCUGGUCCAAAGUAUUGCGCUAGGAAGGUAAUAGGGUAUAAUUUGAGAAACAGAUUUCUCCUUUCAUUGGCAGAAAGGGAGACACACAUGCUGUCGCCUGCUAUAUAUACCAACACAUCUUUCCUUUUUAUUCAAAUAUCCUGAAAGAAGAAUUAAGUAGAAUGACACAGACAAAAGCUUCACAGUCCUUUGCUCAUGCUCUCUCUUUCUCUGCCUCUCUCACACACACACACACACACACACACCAGGGGUGUUGCGAUAUACCGGUAUUGACGAUAAUUGUGAUAUAAUUUUUUUUUUAUAUUGAUAUCAUUUUAAUAAUACACAUAUGAUGACAUCGUAUUUACUAGGCGAAACUGAAGUUGUAUUUUUGCAAAAACCCCUGUCGGUUUUUCGAUACCUUAUUCAUGUCCCCUAUAGACAAACGAUGAAUGUGCAUAAACAACGAGAAUGGACUUAUGCACUGGUGUUGAAAUCAACCCGUUAGCCCCAAUAGAUUAUACAAAGUUUCACAUGGAAAGGUUUUUCCAUAGCUUAUUCAUCAACAAACGAUGCGUCUGGUUGCCUUUUCACUAUCCAUUAUGUGUAAUUGUUCAUUCUGGACACUUUCAUUUUUUUAUUUAUACAAUUAUGGUUACAGAC